GUUGGCAGAAAGGAUAAUGAGAGUUUUCCAGAAUUGAGCGAGGAAGGAAGAAGAAGACUGAUCAGAAGGGUGAGAGGCUGCAAGCAAUUAACGGAGGAGAAGGCUAAAAUGGAUGAGUUCGAAUUCGAACGCAUUCUCAAUCUCUUCCCAAUUGUUCGUCCUCGCCAUUAUCAGUAUCAAGCCAACUCUGCAUCAUCAAGAAGAUUGACUGCUCAAUCAGCACAAAACAAGAUAAAGGAAAGGCAGGAUGUAUGGGAUAUGACUGAUAGAAAAGAAAUUGCAAUUCAAGGAAUUAAACAGGAUGCAUUUUGGGAAAGAUUAAAGAUGGCUGCAGAAAAGAAGGUGGGUGCAGCAGAGGCAGAAAGACUUUGCAAGGCUUUCCAGAGAAUUCACUUGAAACUUGUGUAUGAAGAGUUGAGUCCAGAUGCGGCCAGAAGCUUUUUGAGUUCAUAUAAGAGUUCUGGAGAAUAAAUUGACUGACUGUACUUUUAAAAUUUUAGCUUGUUUGAUUAUGUUAUGGAGCAGUUUUGAAAUAUGGUGUUGAACAUUCUGGGUUUAGUUAUGGGCCUUUUUGCUUUGUGUGGAAUUGUUAUUUUCUGUCUGAUUAUAUUUUAUUACCAAA